AUGACGGAAGUAUCGGUGAACGUCGCGGGGAGCUCCCAGGAUGUACCCACGGUGGUGGUGAAUGGGGUUGAUGGAGCCUCCAUCCGGCAGAUAAAAGCGCUCCAAAGGCCGAUAUCCGUGGCUGGCGUGAUGGAGCACGCGUUGCAGCACCGCGAGAGAGUCGGCGUGCAGGACUUCGUCCUCCUCGAAGACUUCCGCUCCGAAGCGGCGUUCAUCGACAACUUGAGGAAGCGGUUCCAUGAAAAUAUUAUCUAUACAUACAUCGGUAACGUACUGAUCUCUGUGAACCCGUACAAACCUCUUCCGAUCUACACAGAAGAGAAAACCAAACUCUACUACAAGAAAGCUUUCUUCGAAGCGCCGCCGCACGUAUUUGCGAUAGCUGAUAACGCUUACCGGUCUCUCGUUUACGAGCACAGGGAACAAUGUAUCUUAAUAUCAGGUGAAUCCGGUUCAGGCAAGACGGAAGCCUCCAAAAAGGUCCUAGAAUAUAUAGCGGCGAGAACGAACCACCUCCACAAUGUGGAGACAGUCAAAGACAAACUCCUGCAAAGCAACCCGUUGCUCGAAGCCUUCGGGAACGCGAAGACGCACAGAAACGAUAAUUCCAGUCGCUUCGGCAAAUACAUGGACAUACAAUUCAACUAUGAAGGCGCACCUGAGGGUGGACAUAUACUGAACUACCUCCUAGAGAAGUCCAGGGUUGUGAGCCAGAUGUCUGGAGAGAGGAACUUCCAUAUCUUCUACCAGUUGCUGGCAGGGGCCGAUCAAGGGUUGCUGCAGCAUUUGAAGCUCGAGGGAAGACCGGAGAUGUACAAGUACACGACUGAUAAUUCUCCAUCCAUCCAGAAGCUGAACGACGCUGAACAAUUCCGAACGGUAUUGGAAGCGAUGAAGGUUAUCGAAAUCUCCGAAUCGGAGCAGAGGGAAAUCUUCGAGAUAGUGGCUAGCGUCCUCCAUCUUGGCAACGUGAAGUUCGUGCAGAACGAAAAGGGAUACGCGGAGAUACUUCGCGACAAUAACAGCAUUCAUGUUGCUGAGCUGCUCAAAGUAGACCUCACCAAACUUCGAGAGGCCCUCACCAGCAGGACUAUAGAUGCACGAGGCGACGUCGUGAACACGCCCUUAGACCUGGAACAAGCACAAUAUGCGAGAGAUGCUCUGGCGAAGGCGAUUUAUGAAAAGCACUUCAGCUGGCUGGUUUCCAGACUCAAUGCGUCUCUAGCCCCGAAAGACAAGGACCCUAGAGCGUCAGUAAUGGGCAUAUUGGACAUCUAUGGCUUUGAGAUCUUCCCAAAGAACAGUUUUGAGCAGUUCUGCAUCAACUUCUGCAAUGAGAAGCUGCAACAGCUGUUCAUAGAGUUGACUCUAAAGCAAGAACAGGAGGAAUAUCUACGCGAAGGCAUCGAGUGGGAGCCAGUGGACUAUUUCAACAAUAUCGUCAUCUGCGACCUCAUUGAAGCCAGGCAUCAAGGUAUUAUUUCAAUCCUCGAUGACGAAUGCUUGAGGCCAGGAGACGCUACAGAUCUCAGUUUCUUGGAGAAGCUGUCACAGAAGCUAGAUGGGCAUGCGCACUUCAAGUCACAUCGGAAGGUCGAUGUCAAAACCCAGAAGCUCAUGGGCAGAGACGAGUUUUGCCUGGUCCACUACGCCGGAGAAGUGACGUACAACGUAAAUACGUUUAUUGAGAAGAACAACGACCUCCUUUUCCGUGAUAUGCAGAACCUCAUGACGAGUUCCGGAAACAACACCGUUGGCUGCUGCUUUAAGGAUCUAAACCUUUUGAGUAAGAAGAGGCCAGAAACCGCGAUCACGCAGUUCAAAAUCUCCCUGAACGAGUUAAUCAAGAUCCUCAGCAGCAAGGAGCCUUCCUACAUUCGCUGCAUCAAGCCCAACGACUUUAAGAUGCCCAUGCAAUUUGACGAAAAACUAGUAUCUCAUCAGGUGAAAUAUCUCGGUUUAAUGGAAAACCUGCGCGUGCGCAGAGCAGGUUUUGCCUACAGAAGGACGUAUGAAGCGUUCCUUGAAAGAUACAAGUGCUUGAGCAGCGACACUUGGCCAAAUUACCGCGGCCAAGCGCGAGAUGGUGUCCAGAAACUUGUAGAGGCCCUUCAGUACGAACAAGAGGAAUACAGGAUGGGCAACACGAAAGUCUUCAUCCGUUUCCCGAAGACCUUAUUCGAGACGGAAGACGCGUUCCAAAUCAAGAAAAACGACAUCGCGACCAUCAUCCAGAGCAGAUGGAGGGGUCACUGGCAGAGGCGGGAGUACCUGAAGAUGAGGCAAUCGGCCAUCAUCAUGCAGAAGUGGAUCAGGCGCUUCCUGGCUCAGAAGCAGAAGGAGAGGAGACGAAAAGCUGCAGAUGUCAUCAGGGCAUUUAUAAGAGGUUUCAUAACCCGCAACGGCCCAGAAACAAUAGAAAAUCGUCGUUUCCUCGGCAUAGCGAAGGUCCAUUGGCUCAAGCGUCUCUCCACUAGACUUCCCAAGAAAGUUCUAGAUCUUUCAUGGCCGCACUGUCCCGCGACUUGCCAGGAAGCGUCCAGGGAGCUGCACAGGCUGCACAGAGCACACUUAGCUAGGAAGUACCGUCUCGCGCUGACUCCAGCUGAGAAGAAGCAAUUUGAACUAAAGGUGUUGGCUGAGAAGAUGUUCAAGAGUAAGAAGAACAGCUACCCGAGCAGUAUCUGCGACCGCUUCAUGGAGGAUAGACUGAACGAGGAGCAUCGGGUCUUGCGGAACACGUUCAUGGCGUCACCUUCUUGGCCCACUGGCGAACAACUUAUCUAUUCGUGUGAAGCUAUAAAAUACGAUCGUCGCGGCUACAAGCCUCGCGAACGGGCGCUGCUCGCGUCUGACAAGGCGCUGUACGUCUUGGACGCUGCCGGACGGAAGACAUAUAAGCUGAAGCACCGACUGCCUUUGGAUAAGUUGAGGGUCAUCGUCACCAAUGAGACGGACGGGCUGGUUCUCAUCAAAAUCCCUCAGGAACUGAAAAAGGAUAAGGGAGACCUUAUAAUUUCUGUAUCGCACGUCAUCGAAGCGCUGACGAUCGUCACGGACUAUACAAAGAAACCGGAAAUCAUCGAAAUUGUCGAUACGAGAACGAUUGCCCAUGACCUGGUGAAUGGCAAGCAGGGAGGAACUAUAGAAGUGACCCACGGGCCACAGCCAGCCAUACAACGCGCAAAGAGUGGAAAUCUACUUGUUGUCGCAGCCACACCCUAA